UUGUACAAAUACACAUACAAAUCUGACACUAGUUUACUGCACAGUUAUUUUCUCUGUGGUCCCCAAAUUAAAAAAGUAAACGCCAGCGUACCGAGAUGUGUGCUACGAUUUUUAAUUUCGAUUUUUUAUGAUUUCUAAAGUAUUUAAGUGGUUUAAAAUUGUAAAAUGUUGAAUUUAAAGGCAUGUGCCGCCUGCCUGAGCACUAACGUGACAUUAAUCAGUCUGGAAAGUGGAAAAUUACGUGAACAAUUCUACAAACUAACAGGGCUUCAGAGUGCAAGAUACGAUGGGCUACCAGAAUUUUUAUGUUUUGAAUGUGUUGGUUACGUGAAACGCUUUAUCAAAUUCCGAGAUAAAUGCCAGAGAGCACAUUUUACCUUCAAGGAAUUGCUACUCCAAAAUAAAGAGAUACAAAAAUCAACUCUAGAAGCGAUUAAUCGGGAAGUUAUUGGUAUUGCGCCUUCACUGUCAUACUUAAAUCUAGACAAAGUUCACUAUGAGCAAGCUAAGUUUUGUUGGGUUCAUAACAACCGGUUAUCGGUAAAACAUAAUGAUGAUAUACCCAUAUUUACCUAUGGGACACUAUCUAAAGAGAUCAUGUUCGAGUCAAACAAAGUAAAUGGAGAUUUAACUGCUGAAAACUUAAAAGAAGAUGACAAGGAUUCAAUUAAUAUUAAAGAUUUAGUUAAAUUUCAAGAUGACAAUGAAGAUCAGGACUUAUAUCAGCAAUCAACAUCUAGUCCUGCCAAAAAUAAGAUACGGACGGUGCUUGAUUUUGAGGUUGACAGGUAUCUUGAUAGUGACAGUGAUAGUAACACACUCGACACAGCAAAUGAUAGUAACACACUCGACACAGCAAAUUAUAGCAAUACUAUAGACGAGCCAAGUAAGCUGGAGAACAGUGUAGAUGGGAGUGAUCUCAACUUUGAAUAUGCAAUAGUGAAUCCAAUAUCGAUGAAGGAAGCGAAAGCAGUAGUGGAGAUAUGCACGUUACUUUGUGAUAAAAAAGACAGAUAUCGCUGUGACGUUUGCAAUAAACCAUACAUUAGUGAAAAGAGGCUAAAGAUUCACCAGCGUAUGCAUGAUAAGUAUGUAAGUGGUUUAUUUGAAUGUGAAUUGUGCCAUUAUUGUUAUAAGACUGACCAUUUGUUGCAAUCGCAUAUGAGGGAAAAGCAUAUGUUUAAAUAUAUUUGUAGAAAGUGUCCUGAAGUUAGUUUUGACCGUUGCACAGCAAAGCAGCACUACUUAAAUGUCCACGUGCAGAAUGGCAUAAGAAACAAAAAUGCAAACUACCAACGCCCUGACUGGCUGGACAAAAGAGGUGGGAAACGUCAGAGAAACACCGUCCAAGAACCUGAAACUCACAUUAAAAAGAGGAGAAAGAAUCCCAUUGAUUUUCCAGUGUACACACCAAUAUCUCAUAACGAACAGUAUGAAUUAAUUCUCGCCAGAAAGAUGACUAAAAAUUAUUUGGAGUCGCAGUAUAAGUGUGAAUUGUGCUUUAAAGGCUUCAGAUCAGAGACUACCCUCAACACUCAUUUGAAAAAACAUGACCCGCAAAUAUCCGGGCCGCUACAAUGUGAUAUGUGCAAGCUACACUUCCCGGAGAAACGGAAAAUGUAUAAACACAUGCGGAUGACUCACGUUUGCAAGUACUCGUGUCAAUUGUGCAACUUUGAGUGUUUCAGUUUGGGCCAGUCAAUCACACAUUACAAGUGGCACAAAAACGUUAUAUACCCAUGUCCUCACUGUGAUAGAAAGUUUGAGAAGAUAUCGACCCAAUUAACGCACAUUCGGAUCAAGCACCCGUCGACGAAUGUGUGUAGCCUGUGUGGCCAUAGCUUCGUGAGCGUGACCGGGCUACACAACCAUAUGGCCAUCUCGCACACUAAAGAGGAUGUAGAGUCUACCAAGACCGUAACAGUGGACAAAUCCAGCCCGCAUUACUGCGCUGAAUGUGACGUCCAAUUUGUGAGCGCGACGGCCUUCGAUACACACCUGGGAAGUUCUAACAAGCAUUCGACUAUUAAUAAGUCGAUCCGCUCGCUGCGUCGCACACGGCGCAACCUCGGCCCGCGCGAGCGCGUCCCUCGCACGCCGCGCCCGCGGCGCUCCCGACGCUCUUGGGCCGACAUCAUACACAACAACGGCGAGCAGACACCGACCACUUGUGAAGUGUGCGGCAAGUUUCUGCCAAACGACGUGCAAGCGAGGAAGCAUUACGAGGCCGAGCACCCGGGAGCUGACUACUUGAAGCGGUAUAUGUGUGACGUCUGCGGACACACCACCAGGCAAUACGCCAACUUGAUGGUGCACAUGCGAACGCACACGCGCGAGCGGCCCUACGAGUGCCCGCACUGCGACCGCCGCUUCUCCAUGCCCAGCAACCGCGACCGGCACAUCGUCGUGCACACGGGCGAGAAGCGCUACCAAUGCCAGCACUGCCACCGGCGCUUCACGCAGAGCAGCGCCGUCAAGCUGCACAUCCAGACCGUGCACCUCAAGAUACCCUACGCGCCCUGGGACAAGAAGAACCGCAAGCGACGCAAGGAACUAGAAGGCACGUCAGCACCGGUUAGCACGGUAGACCCGGUAAGCGCGCCCUUCCCCACCAACCCACACAAGCUGAUCCUGGAGGCGCAGAGCGACUAUCUCAACGCGUACAUCACUUACAACGACGAGUAGUGUGAGUGGGAACGAUAGUAAUAAAUUUAAGAGUGAUUUCGCACUACA